UGAUUAGCAACAAACGUCAAAAUCGUUGACAACGUUCUCCGGCCGGAACUCGUGAAAUGGCUUGUAAAAAAGUUCCAAUUGUAGUUAAUAUCCAACAACGACGAGGAUUGAUAUACGAUGCAGAAGACUACUUCACACUCCGCGGCGUUUAUCGUAUCGUGGGGAACCUCAUCGGAAUUCCGGUAUCACACCCCAGAAACGUUAACCAACAAGGCCUCCCGGCGGUACUGUCUUGCUAUGAAUUAAAGCUUUUACUUGAGAAAAAUUUGGUGCGACUAGUUGACAAAAAUGCGGCCUUUAUGACUGCUCCGAAUGAUUCGCAAACCGAACGUUAUUUAAACAUGACUCAGCAACAGAAAGAAGAGCUGAGGAAACCGGUAAUAGAGAAACGGUUAGAAUCCUUCCGGAAGCAUUUACCAAGAAUUAUCGAAGGGAAACGGCAAAAGUUGAUCAAAUCCGGCCACGACCUUAAAGCAGGAAUUUAUAUCACUCCGGAAAGGGUUCUUCAAGACGAACGGGAUCGAUUAGCCAAAGAACCUUUUGAUAUACUUCUUCAGUUACCUACCAAACAUCCUUUGGAAGUUGAUUCCUCAUUCCUACCAUUACAUUUGAGUGCAGAAGAAACACUUAAAUUCCGUGUUUUCAAGGCUCUGUGGAACGAAGGGGGAUACAUAACGGUAGGGGAUGCUUUUGGCUGUGAUUUCUUGCUGUAUCCAGACGAUCCGCUUUAUUUCCACGCCUCACAUAUGGUACACGUGUUGAAAGAUAAAGCUAGAAGAUUAGAUGUAAAAUAUCUGAUUAGAAUUUGCCGCCUGGCAAUCGUGGUGAACAAACUUUGUGUUAUCGCCUACCUGGACGAUCGUUGUGAUGGAGUUGUUUUUGAAACUGUUGAAUGGGAAGGAAAUGCGAAUAAAUCUGAUUCGAUCUAA